GUGCACACGCGUCCGCUAGAAUAACGUGCUGUCAUUGUGGUGCUCGGUGCACACGUCUUAAAGUAUUCCACCUUUAAAUGGUCUCCGUGUAGCUGUGCCACAGCGGGGCUGCAGCUACAGGACGUAGCGCACUUCAUAGCUGUGGCUGAAACGUGUGCUCGACUCUUAGUGCAGAGAAAUGCACUAUAGCAGCUCACCAAGCCAGGUUUUGGCUCUCUAUUUAUUUUUCAUUCUAUUUGAGCUUAGACAGGGAAGUUAGUGUUCACUAAAGUGCUUGUAGGAGGCAGAAAAACAGUACUACGCACUUUUCUGCUCCCCUUCAAAAUGCUCUUCUAAAGAGGCACGCCCACUCCAGAGAAAAGUGGAUAUACUGUAAUGCUAAAAUAUUCGAGACAUCUUUAUUUGUCUUUAAAUUAUGAAUGUCUGAUCAUUACAAGGGUAGUUGCACUGCAUGAUUUAAAAUGUGUUCGGUCUCUCAUCCUGGGUAGUUUAAAGCACCAGUGUGGGAGGCGUUUUUUAACAUCACAGACAAUUUUGUUUUGCCAACAUAAGGGGGCACUAUUUAAUACAAUGUCCAGUGAAGAUGAACGGGGAAGUCAUAUGUCUGUAAGAAGCAUGGGGAGAGCCACUGUUAUGAAGUAAAGACUUCUGAUAGUCAUGGAGGAAACAGCUGCUGCAGCUCCAGCCCCAGCCCCUGGCACUGGUGCUGCCCAACCAACCCCAAGACCUCAUCCUGUCUCCUUCGUACCCUCCCGCAGCCUGCUGGAGUGGAGACGGAGGGUCAAAUCUGAGUACAUGCGCCUUCGCCAAUUAAAACGCCUUAAAAAAGCAGAGGAGGUCAAGACCCUGUUCAUGUCCAACAGGCAAAAGAUUGAGCAGCAUACAAACCUUCUGAAUGUAGAGUGGUCCAGGCUCAGGAUUCAGUCUAUCCCCCUGUCAACAUCUAGUGGAGCGCUGGCCAACAAGAAGAUGUGUACAGUGGAGUUUGGUUUCCCAGCAUUUAAAGCUCAAGCCAUUGCCAUGAGACCUUUGUCAACAGUGGCAGGAAUCCCCUUUAUGUACUCCUGGUCACCUCUGCAGCACAACUUCAUGGUGGAAGAUGAGACAUUCCUUCAUAACAUCCCAUAUAUGGGCGAUGAGGCAUUGGAGCAGGACGAGGCCUUCCUGGAAGAACUCAUUGACAACUAUGAUGGUGUCCAUGGUGACAGAGAGGGGGGCUUUAUCAGUGAUGAAGUCUUUAAAGAGCUGGUGGAGGCCUUGAGCCAGUACUCUGACCAUGAGGAAGAGGAAGAGGAGGGAGUAAGCACAGCAGCAGCAGCAGCAGCAGUUGAGGUGACGGGAAAGAAGGAGGAUGAGAGAGUGAUGAGGAGGAGCUCAACAGAUGGUUCAGAAGAGACCAAAGCUGGGAGUGUGGCAUUUGUUAGGAGAAAGCGGAGGAGCACUACAGAGGUAAGAGAUGUGUCCAGCAGCAAGAAAGCCCCCAGUGAUAAGAUAUUUACAGCCAUCGCCUCGAUGUUCCCCUACAAAGGCACCAUGGAGGAGCUCAAAGAGAAGUACAAGGACCUUCUGGAACCCCCAAACCCAGUCAAGCUGCCUCCCCUCUGCACCCCAAACAUGGAUGGACCUUUUGCAAAAUCCGUGCAGCGGGAGCAGUCCUUGCACUCCUUCCACACGCUGUUCUGCAGGCGAUGCUUCAAAUACGACUGUUUUCUCCACCCUUUCCAUGCUACACCCAAUGUUUACAAGAGGAAGAGUAAGGAGAUCCGAAUGGAGACUGACCCUUGUGGUGUCGACUGUUUCCUGUUACAGAAAGGGGCAAAAGAGUUUGUGGAUCAGAACAUGUUACAGUUACAGCGGUCUCGAAGGCGCAGAAAGCAGCAGCAGCAUCCCAUGGGCUCCAGCAGCUCUGGACCAACAGGGUCUGCUGAAGAAGGCAAAGAGGGCAGUAGUGAUCAUGAAACUACCUCCUCUUCAGAGGGCAAUUCACGGUGCCCGACUCCCACCAAGCAGCGUCCAGGGGAUGAUGACGGGGAAGAGGAGGCGUGCUGUGUGGUCGAGUGGAGUGGGGCAGAGGAGUCGCUGUUCAGGGUGCUGCAUGGCACAUACUUCAACAAUUUCUGCUCCAUUGCUCGCCUCAUUGGUACAAAGAACUGUAAAGAGGUGUAUGAAUUUGCAGUAAAGGAGGUCUUGAUUCAUCGUGUUCCUCUGGUCGAUGGAGGCAUCUCACCCCAGAAGAAGAAAAGGAAGCACAGGUUAUGGGCAAAGAUCCAACUAAAAAAAGAUAACUCAUCCAAUCAGGUGUACAACUACCAGCCAUGUGAUCACCCGGACCAUCCGUGCGACAGCUCCUGCCCGUGUGUGAUGACCCAGAAUUUCUGUGAGAAAUUCUGCCAGUGUGAACAAGAGUGCCAGAACCGCUUCCCAGGCUGCAGGUGUAAGACCCAGUGCAACACAAAACAGUGUCCCUGCUACCUUGCCGUGAGGGAGUGUGACCCAGAUCUGUGCAUGACCUGUGGUGCAGCAGACCACUGGGACAGCAAAGGGGUGUCCUGCAAGAACUGCAGCAUCCAGAGAGGCCUGAAAAAGCAUCUGCUGUUGGCUCCAUCAGAUGUCGCAGGCUGGGGCACCUUCAUCAAAGAGCCAGUUCAAAAGAAUGAGUUCAUCUCUGAGUACUGCGGGGAGUUGAUCUCCCAGGAUGAAGCGGACCGACGUGGAAAGAUUUAUGACAAAUACAUGUCCAGCUUCCUCUUCAACUUAAACAAUGUAGACUUUGUUGUGGAUGCCACGAGAAAGGGGAACAAAAUCCGAUUUGCAAAUCAUUCGGUUAAUCCAAACUGCUAUGCUAAAGUGGUAAUGGUGAAUGGAGACCACCGCAUCGGGAUCUUUGCCAAACGAGCGAUCCUACAGGGAGAGGAGCUCUUCUUUGACUACAGAUACAGCCAAGCCGACGCCCUCAAAUACGUGGGAAUAGAGAGGGAGGUAGAAAUGACCUAACUACCUGCUGCCUUCCUCCAAAACCUGUCCUGAAGCUCUCAGCCGCCCAUUCAUGCUUCUGUCCCUCGGUGCAGAAUCACAUCCAGAUGAGACAUCUCUGUGAACAGUCUCCGUCUCCAUCCUCUCUGCCGCACUUCCAAAAAUAGAAAGUCGCUGCUGUUUGCAGGUGCUCCUGCUCUUCAGACGCAGUGCCAGUCUGAUCUCCCACACACCCACCUGCAAGACUGUGUACGCCAAGCUUAUAAAAACAAAUCUAUUCAAAGUGGACGUACUGCAAGAGGAGGACUUUUUUUUUUUUUUUACGCAAAGAAGCCACAAUAACCCAUCAUUCUCUGCUCCUCCCAGUUUAGUUACUGUACUUAUGGACCGGCUUAUGUUUCACCUCUAUAUGUAAUGCAAGCUUUUACACCGUAGCUAACGAUGAUCAGUGAAAUGCAUGUGCUGUCUCUUGGAUAAAACAACCCAUUAAACAUGUUAGCUGCAACAUUAGCUUCAGUCAGACGCUGCUCUGUGCAAGUGGCAAACUAAUUUUUGUGCAUUUUAAUCCAUUGUUCUGCAAGUAUAUAGGCAACAAGACGAGAAACCGACUGACUGAAUGUAACAUGAAGAUGAUGGUGAAGAGAUCUCAUCCCUCUCUUAAUUUCCAACAUUAUCAACCCAUUGGUACUCUAAGCAAUGAAAAUGCACAUCCAAUAUUUAUUAUCCUGUUUACAUGAGAUAAAUAGUAAGUAAGUGAAGUAGUCAUGAAGUAAACGUCUUCCUUUAAAUUGAUACAAGUGCCAAAUGAUUCCACACAAAAAGAGGCUCAAACAGUGUGGAUGUGUUUCACUAUAAAAAUGUAAGUUAAAGAUGACCUUUGCAAUUUUAUCACCAUGAAAAAUGCAAAAUUAACAGUAUUUGACCAAAUAUUGAAGUCCCCUACAUGUGAAUGUACAUUAGCAUUUACCAUCUUUACUGAAUUUGUUUCACUGUCCAGAUUUGUUCAUCUGUCUGUCGUUUAUAAAACAUUCAAGCCCACUUUGAAAUGAGAUCUUUCUCAAUAGAGUUGAACAAAAUGGAGUUUACUGCUAUGUACAGUGUAUGCCUAUAAAAAUAAAAGUUUAACUUUA